AUGAGUUCAUCCUCCGAGAAGAAACCUUCCUCUUCUUCAGCGUUGAAGCUAUUCGGUUUCCCCAUAACUCAUCCCACUGAUAGCAAUGGCCAAAGCAAGAAGUGUCGAUUCUGCCAUCGUGAGUUUCAUAAUUCGCAAGCGUUAGGGGGCCACCAAAAUGCGCAUAGAAGAGAAAGAAAAAUGGCUAGGUUUGCCCAAAUUGAAUAUAUGCUUCCACAUCAAGAAAACCAGAUAUUCCACGCGGUUACACCUCCCAUGGUUGCACAAGAAGCAUCAACAACCUAUGUUUCUGGUGGUGCAACUCGGCUUUGGACACAUGAUGAGUCAUCACAAAAGCUACCUGUGGCACAACCACCAAGUACGUGCCACCUAGUAGUAGGGGUUGAUGACAAUAUCGAUCUAGAACUGAGGCUAUCUUCUAAGAAAUAUGGGAUGUGA